AUUUAUUCGUGUACUUUAUCUGUCUGUUUAUGAAUUUGACAGCCUUGUCGGCCUAAACUUUGGUGUAUUUGUUCUGCGUUUUUCUGUUUGUUGGUCUUAUUUGUGUUCCCAUUUUCUUUCGCAUAGCUGUAAUUUCGUUUAUUGUAAGGUAUACAAAAUUUGAUAAAGAGUAUUUCACUGCUUCUACUUCUUCACGAAAAUUAUUUGUUAAAUAAUUAUCGAUGAAAGAACGAGGCAGUGUCUUCACAUAGCUGAAAUUUCGUUUAUUGUAAGGUAUAUAAAUUUGAAAAAGAAUAUUUCACUGCUUCUACUUCUUCACGAAAAUUAUUUGUUAAAUAAUUAUCGAUGAAAGAACGAGGCAAAGUCCCGUUGUUCUGCGGGCUGGAGCUUCCACUCCCCACAUACGAUCUUUUGUGUACUAAACAAACAGGCAGAGCAUAUAGAAGCCUCCUACGCAGGCAUCUCAAAGAGCUUCAUAGGAAAAAAAAAUUCCGACGCGCUUCUCUGUCGCUAUUUGAGAUGCCUGCAGAGGAGGUAAGCAUAUAGAUGAUAGUAAGAAUUUAAAGAGAUUACCUAAGGCCUUUCCUUAUUGUUAUUCGUGAGAAGCAAGAACAAUAGUUUUUACUUGUCAUAUAUUUACAAGGUUCCCCAUGAUAAAUUCACCAGAAGAGAAGUUAUUUUUAUACAUAAUAAUUAACUCUAAAACAAAAAUCUAAAAUGUGUUGUGCAACGCUUUGUUUUAUGUGUAGCUUUAAGAUUAUUAUUUUGUGUCUUGGAUAAUCAAAUUCCUAGUAUUAACAAAGAGAUUUUUGACAUUUCCGCAUAACGUGCCGUUAGGUCGCCUAAUUCCUACACGGAGCAUCACUUAAAAGGCGAAGGUGACGCGGUGCAGGUGCACUAAAACGACGCGCUUAAUAAUUUACGAAAGAAUCGCAGUUGCUUUUUACUCCGUCCUAGGUCUAGUAUAAAACAAAAACCAAACAAUCUCCACAGGGUCCGUAAUAAACCAAUCAGAAUCCACGAUGCCAAUACAUCAGCCAGCUCGAAUUCACAGUCUUGGCCUUGAAUCAGCCAAUCAAAAGUAAGAACAGGAAAUAGAGGGACCGACUUUAAAGUCAUAAUAUUUUGGGUGAUAGUUGGCAUCUUUCUGAAUGAAUUUGCAAAUUCGUGUUUAUCAACUUUUUCUACAAGCCACAAAUUUCGACGCCAAAAGUCAUUGUGCAAUAUGACCAUUUUAUAUUUCUUUCUUGUUUUCAGUAUCCUUGUUUACAUCGUCCAGGGUUUCCCAGAGAUCGGGUUCAGUGCCGACCUCGGCCAGCCACUGCAGCAGAGCGCGCGAGGAUGGGUAGAGGUGACUGGUUGGACGACUGCCGGACUCGCCAACACCGGACGCUUUCACUAUGGUGCGUCACUACAAGAAUCCCAGUCCAGGUUUCGCGUUCCCAAAUCAGGAAUUUACUACGUGUCUACCAGUCUUCUGCUUGGUAAUGCAGACAAUGGUGUUUUUCGGGCCGCGGUGAUACUUAACGGAGAGCUUAACAAUAGGAACGAUGGUCUUUGCGGAGUACUGAAGCCAGGAACGGACCAAGAAUCGAGCAUUUUGUUUAGUGGGUUCGCGGAAUUUCUUGCUGGGGAUACGGUGUCUAUUUACGCGCAGUCAGAAUUGGAUGAGGAUUGGAUCAUUAAGGAUGAGAGUGACUUCUCUUUGCAUUAUACGGGACAGGUUGCGUCAUUCCCUGCUUUCUUUGCUGCUAAAACUGCGCCUUUGCGUCUAACGACGGGGACAAAUUUUAUCCGAAACUGGCAAACCAACGGUGCCCCUGGGCUUUUUCAAAGCUUACCCGGGUUUUCGUCUUCCACUGGAGAAUUUAUUCCAGUUUGUGAUGGGGUUUAUUUCGCCGCUGCCAAUAUCCGUGUUGAUGCGGGACAGGGAACGUUUAUUUUGUCUCUUUCUGUUAAUGGUUUGGCACAAGGACCUGUGACAGAGAUGAAAGUCGCCAGGCCAGAAAGUGUCUUCACCUUAAAUCUCUUUGGAGCAUUUCACAUUCGUAGGGGCGACAUUGUUGCCCUUCAGUUGCGCGUUAAUACCGCUGACAGCGUAGUCGGUGUGGAGAGCAGCUUUUCUGUUGUCCGUGUCAACGAUUUCAAAAGUGCUGCUCUAGCGGGUGUGUCUGUUGUGUCAACUUCUCAGCAGAAACUAUCUGGAAGUGGAACCUUAGAACUUCUUGACUGGCCAUUCCCUUCUAAUAACCACAUGCUAUUUGCCAAUGCCGCUGUUUUCAAGGGAGGCCGGUUCACGUGUACAGAAGGUGGAGUGUACUUUAUUUCUUCGAGUCUUCGCAUCAGGGGCGGUAUCGGUCAGUUCAAGUUAUUGGUGCUUUCAAGUGCUGCAACUAAACUGAAUGGUAACGGUGGGCUCUAUACGAGCUACUACAACGCAGAUCCUAAUGGUGUGUUUACCCUUGCAGUAUCUGGACUUUUAGAGCUCAGUACGAGUGAAUACAUAACCAUAAAUGUUAUCUCCACAUUUGGCUCUGCAUGGAAUAUCGAACAGAACAGUGGUCUGUCCAUUGUCAAGUCCAAAUUCUACUGGCCGGCUUUUCAAGCCUUUGGCAAAGACUCGAUAUUUUUUUCUUCAAAUUCUUGGACAGAGAUGGAUUCUUGGAAGUACGAUGGCGUUCCCGGCGCGUUCAUAUUUUCUGAUGAUGCAAGUGGCUCGCGCUUCCCUAUAAAGAACACAGGCGUUUACUAUGUGUCGACGUCUAUGGCGUUUAUUAACUCCGGGCGAGCUGCUAUUGCUGCCCUGAUUGCAGUUGAUGGGGUCGCAAACCAAGGGAAUGGACUCUACGCUAUACAUGACCACCCAUCCGAAAACUUCACUAUUAACAUUGCUGGUGCAGUCAAUCUCAAGAAAGGACAAAAUGUUUCAGUAUUUGUCAAAUGUGCGAAGAGCAGCGCUUGGGGUCUUGAUAAGAGAAGUGCAUUUAGCGUUAUAUACAUCGGCAAGUCUUUCGCCGUUCCCAGCUUCCACGCCGUGUUCGGCAAACGUGCCACCAUCACCACUAACAGUCAGCUUGAGAUCGAUGGCUGGAGCGUUGAUAGUGGUGGAGCUGCCUUGGCUUUCCAGAACGGUGCGGGCUGGACCCCUGAGCGCGGUAGCUUUUUUGCGUCUGUGGCGGGAAUUUACCACGUGUCGUGCACUCUUAUAGUGUCGAACAUAGCAGACGAAUACGGCUCAUCUAUCGAGAUAACAAUUGGUGUUACCACCCGCAAGUCCACUACUAACGGAAUCCAGAACACUCGAAGUGUUUACGGUACAGGCGCACGCUUUGGAGCCAGCACGUUCACCCUUACAGCGUCCGGCCUAGUCCGGCUAGGCGUCGGCGACUAUGUGGUGAUUCGAGCGCAUUCUUCCAAGGACACCAACUGGAAUGUUCUUCCCGAGUCCGGCUUCUCCGUUUUCCUGGUAAGUCCAUCCACCUCGUCUUACGAUGUCGCGGGCUUUUUGUCCAGGAAAGCGAGUAACACAAUUAAGAACGUGGCUGCCAACACGUGGGAAAAGGUAACUGGCUGGUCAACAAACUCGGAUUUUACCAAUGGACUGUUCCUGGAACAUGCCUUUUGCUUCCUGUUUGAGAGUUUGCUAGGAGAUGUUACUAUCUAUAAGUCAGGCGUUUACCUUUUUUCUGCCAAUUUGAUCGCUACAAACACUCCGUUUUCAUUUGAAGCAGCUUUACGCGUAACUUCGGUCGGUGGCUCGACGGAUAUUGUCAGCCUGUUUUCCGCAGAAAAGAUUCCAGGGUCUAGGGAUAGCUACACCCUGCAGUUCAUGGGGGCUCUUUACCUUACCAAGGGUGACAAGGUGCACGUGGCCGUCCGAUCAGGAACGUCAAACCAGUACACCAUCCACGAGGGCAGUGGAUUCUCGAUGACAAGAAUCAUAUUUCCUGAGGAAAAACCUGGAUUUUACGCAACUAUCACAAACUUCACAGCUGCUAAUGUAUCGGACUGGACUAUAAUACCGCAAUGGACAUCUACUGGGGCAAAAGGACUUUUUACCUCUAGUGACGGCUUCAAUCCGAAAAUCGGAAGGUUUACGGCGGUUUUAAGUGGAACCUAUUUUGUUUUUGUCCAGUUGUCAGUUAAUAGCGUCUGGCAGGAGAAACAACUUACGAUGCGCUUGUCAAUCAAUGGAGAGAAUUCUGACACUGAUGGGUUGAUGUCUAGUUACGCGUUUAGUAAUGACAGUGAAUACGCAACUUUAAGCGCUGCUGGUGCCGUACAGCUACGUGUGAACGAUGUGGUAACCAUAGCGAUCAAAUCAUCGGUGCUCUCAUCAUUCAGGAUAACGGAGGGUAGUGUGCUUAGUAUCUCCUACCUGUGGGAGCGCGAAAAGACCACCGGACAUACGGUUGACAGAUACACCGAGAACUCUUUCCGUAGCGCGGGCUGGGGAGAGCUUAUCAACUGGCGUACAUCUGGGCUCGGAGGCCAAUUCCAGGUUGGAUCCAUACAUGAUACGACAGAUCGCUUUCUAGUGCCUACUAGCGGAAUCUACCUACUAACCGCUAAUAUUGCGUUUCGCGACGUCACAGGAGACAUUGGACUCGCAAUUUUUGUUAAUGAUGGUCUGCAUAGAGCGAUCUCUGUAUAUAAGAACAGUAAUGGAAAGUUCGACAUGCUGAACUUUGUGAUGCCCUUGUUCUUACAUAAUAACACAUACACCUCAAUAUCUGUGUACUCAAGUGAUACGGAUUGGAGCAUAUCCAGCAUAUCGAGUAAAUCCUCCCUCAUGAUGGAGUCCGCAGGGUUCGCCGCGCACCUUCGUACCAACAGAACGGUAGAUAAGUACCAAGCAAAUAGCUGGUACAGUCUCACCAACUGGACCAUAACACAAACGCCUGGCUACUUCGCGACUAUCACGGGUUUUUUUCCGACAAGUGGGGUAUUCGUAGCUCAUAAGACUGGUUUAUAUGUAGUGAGCUCUAAUACUGUUGUGAUCUCAAGAGAUCCCGAUGUAAGCAUGUUCGAGCUCCUGGUGGCCAUUAGUGGCGUUUUCUCAUCCCAGUCUGGUUUGUACAGCCGACAGACCCUGCAGGGGCGUGCUAUGGACACCAUCAACGCCUUCUCACUGAUUCAGUUACAGCGGUGGGACACGCUGACCGUGGUACUGCGGGCGUCUUCUGCCGCCGGCUUUUCCGUGCUCGAUUCAACCACAUUCUCCGUUAUGAUCAGCGAGGAAGUGGAAAGUCCCGCUCUGUGCGAAAGCAGUGGACCGACCCUGACCCGAGAGAUUUCUCCGAAGUACCUCCGAACGAGAGUGGGCACCUCAGUCACAUGGACAUGUGAAGCGAUAGGUGGGGUCACACCUGUCUACCAAUGGCUCAAGAAUUAUCAGGUGAUCCCUUUCUCCAACUCCAGCGUGUUCUCCGUGACAAACGGUAAGGUGUCGGAUAGCGGCGACUACGUCUGUGUUGCCGAAAUCGACCCUGUUUCUGCAAGCUCCAACGUCGCCAAACUUACCGUCUAUGACCCCCAGCCAAGGUUCUCAUCUGUCAAUCACACUGCUGACGUAGCAGAGAACGGACCAAUAGGACAGCUCGUGCUGAAUAUGACGUUGCGAGCUGAGAGCAAAGAGAAGGAGAAUGCAGACAUGGCAGUGUCAAUCAUUGGUGGUAACAAGGGUAACACUUUUCGGCUCGCCUCCAACGUCACAAAUGGAUGGCUCGGCCUCUACACAACCCGCAGCCUGGACCGAGAGAAUAUCUCCUACUAUCUCCUUAUGGUCAGAGCCCGAAACAUUGACGAGCAUGCGCAAGAGGCGAUUACCGCUAUCAACAUCACCGUCCUGGACGAAAAUGAUAACAAGCCUCGGUUUGAGGCCGGCGCUUAUAACGUCAGCGUCUAUGAGAAUGCUACCAUAGGAACCGUGAUCGUGAGGCUGACGUCAACAGACGCAGAUCAGGGUAGAAAUGCGCAUGUCAUCUACAAUUUACUCGCGGGCUCAGGAAUAGGGACAUUUCGUGUAGAUAAUACGACAGGAGAGAUAACCCUACAGAAGCCCUUGGAUCGUGAGGUGAUGGACUUUUUUUCCCUGUUCGUCUCCGUCAGUGACCCGCUGUUCUCUGCGUAUCAAGGCGUGACCAUCCACAUCCUGGACGUCAAUGAAUACCGACCAGUGUUCACCCCGCAGAAAUACCACGUCGAGAUCUCGGAGGCGUCUACCGUCGGUACGACACUACUGGUGGUCACUUCAACAGACCAAGACAUCGGCAAAAACGCGGCCGUCCGAUAUGCCAUAGUGGAUGGUGACCCAGACGGCUAUUUUGCAGUAAAUGACUACGGGGUUAUAACUCUAACGAAAUCGCUGGAUAGUGAGCGUAAUACCACGUUUAAUUUGACCAUCACAGCGCAUGACAAGGGGAUGCCGAGCUUAGAAGCAGCAACCCGGGCAAUAGUUGUUAUCGACGUUGUCGACACAAAUGAUAAUAAUCCGAUAUUUGAGCUCUCGCUCUACGAGACAACAAUCCUUGAGAACACAACCGCGGGCUCAUCGGUGCUGGAAGUAAGAGCCGAUGACGGAGAUACUCAGUCAUCCAAUAAAGAAUUGCGUUAUGUUAUACUAGGGAAUUGUACGGAUUUGCACAUUGAUUCGUUGAGCGGCGUCAUAUAUACAAAUAACAGUGUGGACUAUGAGCGUCAGAGGGUGUACAAAUUCCAAGUUGGUGCGUACGAUACGGCGACUCCACCUAGACUCGCCACAACACGUGUGAUCAUCAACGUAGCGGACCUCAAUGAUAAUAUCCCUACAUUUGAUUCACCGCAGUACAACAUCAGCAUUCUAGAGUCUACUCCGGUAGGAACAGCGAUAACGGUCUUAUCAGCCAAAGACAGGGACAGCACCAGCAAUGCCUUCCUACGUUAUUCCAUCCAAUCCGGUAACUAUGAAAAUACUUUCUACCUUGACCGCACUAGCGGUACUAUCACCCUCGUCAAGAUUCCAGAUUUUGAGGCCAGGACUCAGUACACACUUGUAAUAAACGUGUCGGAUAAUGGCUACCCAUCGCUGACAUCUCAAACGACCCUACAAAUCUAUAUCAUGGACGUCAACGAUAACAAUCCCGUAUUUGACUCUUUGGAGUACACUGCGGUUGUUUGGGAGAAUGUUUCUGUUGGAACAUCUGUCCUCAGGGUUGUCGCAGUGGAUCGCGAUGUCAGGAAUAAUGCACACUUGUCGUAUGAAAUGUUUUCUUUGGGCGGCCCCGCAGCAAGGAACAGCUUCCAAGUUAAUAAGACUAGUGGGGUGAUCUACACUACUCGGGAAAUCGAUUAUGAACAGGAUAAGGACUUUUCGUUUGUGCUUAUCGCCAGCGAUAAUGGCACGAGCCCGCGAUCCGCACAUGCGCGCGUCCACAUUACCGUCAAUGACGUCAAUGACAAUAGACCCGUGUUUGAGCCCCCAUACUACCAGGUGAUGGUCAGCGAACAUGCCCCAGUAGGACAAACAAUUCUUCGCUUAACGGUGAGCGAUAACGACACAGCCGAGAACAGUCAAUUGAACCUUCGGGUAGUCUCCGGGGAUCCGAACAGCACCUUCUUCUUGUCAAACAGCGGAGAAAUAUCGAUUGCUCGCAAGCUUGAUUAUGAAAGACUGCAGAUGUACAACCUCACGGUUGUUGCCUGGGACUCGGGCAAGCCUGUUCUACAAUCGCUGAAGCCCGCUAAUGUGGUGAUAAGGAUUCGCGACGAUAACGAUAACCAGCCAGUAUUUAGCAGGGACUUAUACGAAGCAUGGGUACUAGAGAAUAUCACCGCUGGCCAGUUCGUCGUGCAAGUGAAAGCGAAAGAUGCGGAUUAUCAGCAAAACGGGCGACUAGUGUACAGCAUGGUUAGGAACAACAGCAAGUUCCGAGUUAAUGAGACAACAGGGGAAAUUUACCUAUCUGAAUCGCUGGAUUUCGAGGAGACGAAGGAAUAUGUGUUUGGUAUUAUUGCGAGUGAUUCGGGUGUCGAGCCAAAAUCCAGUUCUACGUCUGUUAGGGUUAUUGUCAUGGAUGUCAACGAUAAUGUUCCAACAUUCGACCGGUUCCUCUAUAAAAGCACUGUUAGAGAAAAUUCUCCAGUGGGUACAACGGCGAUCAAAGUUCAGGCUAUUGACACGGAUACGGGUAGCAACGCCAAGAUUGAGUACAUCAUAGCGAGUGGCAACACCAACAACUCAUUCGAUAUUGAUAACCACGGUUUCGUAACUGUUAAUAAAGCCAUUGACUUCGAAACUAGGAAGAUUUAUAAUUUAACGGUUAUGGCCCGUGACUGCGGGGACCCUGUGUUGACCUCCACAGUGUCUGUUGUAUUAUUAAUUGAAGAUGACAAUGAUAAUCCUCCUGUUUUCGAUCUACCGUACUACUUUGUACGAAUGUACGAAAAUGUAUCGAUUAGAGCCGAUGUCAUACGGGUGCAUGCUUCAGAUAGCGAUAGUGGGUUUAACAGUGAGAUCAGAUAUUCUUUCCCGGUAGGAUUUGUGGUGAAACCGUUCGCCAUAAAUGCUAAUACAGGUAUGAUUUAUACUCGCCAUGAAAUCGACUUUGAAGAGAAGCGUGUGUACGAAUUUUCCGUGAUUGCCUCAGACCAGGGAAUACCAGUAUUGCGAGACGUUGCCAUUGUACGGGUAGAUGUUCUCGACGUUAACGACAACCCUCCGGAGUUCCUCCGGACACAGUACGAUGUCACUGUGUCUGAAGCCUUGUUACCUGGUUCCAUAAUCGUAACACUUGUGUCACGUGAUAACGAUAGUACCGCUAAUGGGCUCGUGCGAUUCGAUAUUCUCUCCGGCGAUAAAAACUCCACGUUUCGAGUCACUGAAUCAGGGAGUAUAAUACUCAAUAAGAGCUUGGAUUACGAGCAAACUAAGGAAUAUACCCUUCUGCUGAGAGCGCGUGAUGUUGGGCUGCCUCCCUUGGUGUCAGAUCGUAAUGCAACUGUACAGAUUCGUGUGGUAGACUUGAAUGAUCACCAACCAGUGUUUGACCUCAGUCAAUAUUCAGGAGUUUUCAUGGAGAACACUUCAGUUGGUAGUUCACUGUUAAGGGUAAGAGCGACCGACAAGGACAGCGAUAUGAACAGCCACAUUUCAUACUACAUGAACACGUCACAAGGCUUACCCUUCGACGUCAAUCAAACCAACGGAGAAAUCACCCUCAUCCGUGCACUUGACUUCGAAACUCGGUCAUUUUAUUCCUUCAUCGUCGUUGCCUCGGACGCCGGGCGUAACCGAAAAGCAGUAAACACUUUGGUUCAAAUCUAUGUCAUGGACAUUAAUGAUAAUGCUCCUGUAUUCUUUCCUAUUGUUUAUGACGUCACCAUCUCAGAGGCGACGCUACAGGGUGCCAUCAUCGCCAAGGUAACCGCCAAUGAUAAUGAUAGUUUGUCCAAUGCUCAGCUGAGAUUUGCUAUUUCUCAAGGAAACGAAAACGGUUCAUUUGCCAUAAACGACGCCGGCAUACUCAUUCUAGCGCACGCCAUCGAUUUUGAAAACACCCGGAUGUAUGACCUCACUAUUACAGUGCAUGAUCUUGGGUGGCCACCGCUAGCCACAAGUAAACCGGCGCGGGUUAUCAUUCACGUUUACGAUGAUAACGACAACAGUCCUAUUUUUGGACAGACUGUUUACGAAGUCACUCUCAAGGAAAACUAUCCCGUUGGCCAAGCAUUUCUCAACGUGUCAGCAACAGACCGCGAUUCCAGACACAAUAGCCUUCUUUCUUACUCUAUCCAUGACGCGCAAGCCAACGCCCCGCAUUUCCGCAUUACCGACGAAACAGGAGAGUUGCGCUUGUCGUCGUCUCUUGACUAUGAGGCACGGGAUGUGUUCCGUUUCACUGUGAUUGCGAGAGACCAUGGAUCAAGCCCCCGCAUGGGAACAACAUUGGUACAAGUCUUGGUCCAGGACGUUAACGAUAACCGACCAAUGUUCGACCCGUAUUGCUAUAACACCACCAUCAGUGAAAAUCUCCUCCCAGGGAUGCCUGUUGUAUGGGUCAGUGCAUAUGACAACGACUCCUCAUCUAACGCUGACCUGAAAUACCGCAUUAGUGCUGGUAAUAAGGAGAACGCGUUUGAGAUCACCGCUACCGGUCAGAUUCGGCCUGUCAUCGCGCUAGACCACGAGCGAACGGGCUUCUAUAACCUGACCAUCGACGUACGUGAUAGCGGACAACCUGCUCUGCAUGCAAUGCAUCCUGCCACGGUACUUAUCCACGUGUUUGAUGUGAACGACAACGCCCCGAUAUUCAACCAGACUUUAUAUUCUGCCAUUAUUCCCGAAGAUUUUACAGUGGGGGGUACAUUACUAACUGUGCUUGCUCGUGAUCAAGACGCGGCUUUGAAUGCUCGUGUUACCUACUCAAUCGUGUCCUUUUCCACGGAGAGUGAUUACUUCGUCAUUGAUAAUAUUACCGGCGUUGUGCGAAGCUCCAAAGAGUUCGAUUACGAGACCCAGAGGAUGUACUCGUUUAGUGUGCGCGCUGAGGACCGUGGGAGCCCUAUCAGAAGCGCGAUUGCAACCAUACACGUUCAAAUCACAGAUACAAAUGACAACAGGCCUAUAUUUCAGCCAAUGGAGUACGAAACACGCGUAUCCGAAAACACUCCGCUUGGUACUAUCGUCGCCAGGGUGAAAGCAGUUGAUAAAGACUCAACUUCCAACGCGGACUUGAUAUACUCCAUACAAAAUGGCAAUAACAACGGCAGCUUUACAAUAGAUAACUCGACAGGCGAAAUCAUGACCCGCAAAGAAUUUGAUUUUGAAAAGACAGAGCGCUACAACUUGACUAUUUCAGUUUCAGACACAGGGGUGCCGGCACUGAGCUCCUUGAAUUUUGCAAACGUUGUGAUCAUUGUUGUAGAUGAGAACGAUAACCCCCCUGAGUUUGCACAGAAGCGCUAUACCGCUACAGUGUACGAGAACUUCACAGUUGGCGAUAACCUGUUCACGGUGAAGGCUAGCGACAAGGACAGUCACCUUAACGGGCUAAUAACCUACUCGAUAACUUCCGCUCCCUCAUUUGCUGGAAAGUUCGUGAUCGAUGAAAUUCUUGGAAAUGUAAGCAUCACGUCGGGCUUCGACUUCGAACUCGAGCAGUCUUACGACUUCGUCAUCGAGGCACGCGACUCUGGCAGUCCACCACACACAGCCUAUGCACAUGCCCACGUGACUAUCCUUGACGUCAACGACAACGCCCCUGUCUUCCCAGUGAACAAUACGCACCUUGUGCUGACAGAGGCUAUAGAGGUAGGAACUGUUGUACUGAGGGUCACAGCGCAUGACAAGGAUAGCGGCCCUAACGCCAUGCUAAAAUACUCAAUACACUCGGGUAACACAGACGACGCCUUUGUUAUAAUUGCCGAUAGUGGCGAUAUAUCCCUAGAUAAACCACUAGAUAAAGAAACCAUCGAAAACUACACUCUUGUCCUCAUGGUUACAGAUAUGGGAAUACCUCCUUUGGAAAGCAUUAAGAGAAUGGUUGUAAACGUAAUCGUUAGCGGUGUAAACGAGCACGCACCGCGUUUUCUGAGUGAAUUUUAUAAUGCGUCUAUUCCCGAAAACCUUCCUUUGGGAACUUCUAUCGUGCGCGUGCGUGCUGUGGAGGAUGACGUCAGUGUAGGCGCGCGCUUCAUCUACGUCAUAAAGGAUGCUGCGUCCAGCAAAGUCUUUCUAGUCAACCAGACUGGCGAUAUCAUCCUAGCGAGAGAGCUCGAUUAUGAGACAAGGAGACGCUACGAGUUUGAGGUAUUCGCGAGGGAUGAUGGAACUCCUGAACCACGAGAGGGUUUGUGUGUCGUUACAAUCUCUUUAUUAGAUAUCAAUGACAACAGACCCGUGUUUACGAAAGGAAAAAACUCCAUCAGUAUUUCCGAAGACGUUCGGGUAGGAAGCACGCUUGUUAGUCUCGCAGCUACUGACGCGGAUGACUCGUCAAACGCACAGGUCUCGUACUCGAUCUCUCACGGAGACGCGGAACGUAAGUUCCUUAUCGAUAACAAGGGAUUUAUUAUCGUGAAUGAUUCAUUGGACUUUGAGACAACCGCCUCAUAUAGCUUGACUAUCGUCGCUUUUGAUAGUGGAUCGCCACGGCUUGCUUCACUUGUGCCAGCUACUGUUUUUGUUAAAGUCCUCGAUGCUAAUGACAAUCCUCCUAUUUUCAACCAGCCGGAGUACUACGUGGAGAUGUACGAAAACGUAACCAGUGGUACCCAAGUUCUAACAUUGUUCGCCCAUGAUCGCGACGAGGGAAUCAAUGGCCAAGUGUUUUACUACAUCGUAACAUCUUCUGUGAAGGGUGUAUUUACUACCAAUAGCACCACUGGAGUAGUGAGUUCAACAGCUGAGUUAGACCGUGAGUCGGUGUAUCAGUACAACAUGUUGGUUGUUGCUCAAGAUGGCGGAAGUCCUCCGAGAACAGCUAGCGCACAUGUCAAAGUGGAAGUGCUUGACUGCAAUGACAACCCACCAGUCUUCACAACACUCUAUUAUACUCUACAGCUUUCUGAGGCAACCUCCAUUGGAACUCGUAUCCUCAGAGUAAGUGCAAAUGAUCGCGAUGUUGGCACUAACGCUAAGCUGAGCUAUGCCAUAACGAAGGGUAAUGUGAAUGAGACUUUCGCUAUUGACCACACUACUGGUGAGUUACAUACUACCAAGUUACUCAACCGUGAAGACAUACCAGGAUUCAACUUAACGGUGACAGCCACAGAUCAAGGAGUCCCGAGUUUACACACUUCAUCUGAAGUACACGUAACAAUAUUGGAUAGUAAUGACAACAUUCCCUGUUUUACUUCCCCCGAAUAUCACGUGAUUUUGCCCGAGGACACUCCCACUGGGGCCUUUAUCCUUCAAGUAACUGCGUCAGAUCAAGACGAGGAUAACAAUCGAAUGCUCAGGUAUUUCAUAAACGACAACCAAGUGAUGAAAUUCUUCAGCGUUAAAGCGUCCUCAGGAAACAUAACCUUGAAGAGUGCUUUGGAUUACGAAAGCAUUAGAGUGUUUAGAUUUCAAGUGUUUGUUGAGGAUAACGGGACGCCACCCCACUUGGGAACUACCCUUGUGGUUAUCAAAGUUACAGAUGUUAACGACAACGACCCAGUGUUUUCAACUCUACACUACACUGCCCAGGUGUCCGAAGCUAGUAAUGUUGGUGCUCUUAUCGCAGUUCUCAAAGCGUCAGACUCCGACAGCACAUCAAAUGCUCAGCUCAACUUUGGAAUUACUGAAGGAAACGUGAAAAAUACGUUUUAUGUCAACACGGAGGGGGUUAUAUACCUGAAUAGAAGCCUUGAUUUCGAGGAACGGACGGUGUACAACUUAAGUGUUACCGUGGAGGAUUCAGGAACACCUAAACGAAAGGCCGUUAUUGAGGCUAAUGUCACAAUAUAUGUGACGGACGAGAACGAUUGCUCACCAGUAUUUUCGCAAACAUAUUAUACCACAGCUAUACCAGAGAACAUCACCGUUGGGUCUGUCAUCCUGAGAACGGUAGCGCUCGAUUUGGACAGUGGUAUUAAUGCUAAUUUAGUUUACUCAAUCCCGUCAGGAAAUUUUCGUCACGCAUUUCAGAUUGACAAUUCGACGAGCGAAAUCUCAGUAAACACAGGGUUAGACUUUGAAAUGACUUCAGAAUACAAUUUUCUUGUGCGCGUACAAGAUCAAGGAAUGCCGCCUAGAGUUGCAUUUGUUCCAAUUAACUUCACAAUUAUGGACAUCAAUGACAAUGAACCAAAAUUCUCUCAACUACAUUACAAUCUUACAAUGACUGAAAAUGCAAGGGAAGGAACGAUGUUACUUAAGCUGCAAGCAACUGAUGCCGACUCCGGUAUGAAUGCAAAGCUUGUUUACUCGAUCCUCAAUACCACAAGUAAUGGAACAUUCACAGUUGAUCCGCACACUGGAGUUCUACGCACAUCACAAAGACUGGACCGCGAAACUGUUACUGAGUAUACCCUGACCAUCACCGUGCAUGAUUUAGGUGACCCGAUGUUAAAUGAUGCACAACCAGCAACCGUGUCUAUUACAGUCUUGGACGAGAACGACAACGUCCCCGUGUUCGACCAAGAGGUGUAUUCUGUAAGUGUUCCCGAGAAUAUUACUGUGGGUGGCCAUAUCCUCCUCUUAAACGCAAGAGACAAAGAUGAAGGUGUCAAUGCCGAGAUACGAUACUUUCUCAAGGAUGCCAUUGUAAGCAAAAGAUUCAGUAUAAAUGACACAACAGGACAAAUCACAAUCAAACAAGCCGUUGAUUACGAGGAAAGGUCCUCUUAUAGUUUCGAGGUAUUUGCUUCUGAUGGUGGUGAGGCAAGGUUGACUGGGUCAUCGUCAGUAAGGAUAACCAUAAUCGACGUCAACGAUAACCGGCCUUACUUCCUGCCUACACGAUACUAUGUCCAGUUGGUUGAGAACGUUGCCAUAGGAACCACAGUAACCCAGGUGACGGCUAGUGACUUGGACAGUAGCCUAAAUGGGAACGUUCUAUUCUCCAUUCUCGAGGGUAACAGCGACGGCAAGUUUGUCAUUGAUCAAAACACAGGUGUGGUUACUACCAACAAAAGCCUGGAUUACGAAGACGUAACAAAAUACACCCUUGUCAUUCAAGCAACAGACUGCGGGGAUCCGCCAUUAAACUCUAGCCAGCCUGGCAUGCUACACGUGUCAGUCGUCAACAUAAAUGACAACAGUCCAGUGUUUUCACAGAAGAUUUACUCGGCAAGCAUUGAUGAGAAUACCACGGUUGGACAUGUAAUCUUACGAGUACAAGCUACAGACCGGGAUCAUGUUAACAGUAGCAGUAUCGUGAUCUACUCUCUGGACAAAUCCGACACGGAAGCCAUGCGCUACUUUGCUAUCAACAAUCAGACCGGUGAACUGAUUCUUGUGUCUAGUCUUGAUUACGAGUCGACUAAACGAUACGAGUUUACCGUGUUUGCCGGCGAUAACAUAGCGCAAUUCCGUAAGAGGCGUGAUAUCGGAGAUCAGGCUAGAGUUGCAGCCGUUCUUAUCGACAUCUCAAUACUUGAUAUCAAUGACAACCGACCUAAAUUUCUCCAGUCCUACAACAAAAUAGAGAUUACCGAGGGAACAAGGGAAAGUACCACGAUAUUAACGCUGCAAGCAAAUGAUGCCGACUCCGGUGUGAAUGCAAAGCUUGUUUACUCGAUCCUCAAUACCACAAGUAAUGGAACAUUCACAGUUGAUCCACACACUGGAGUUCUACGCACAUCACAAAGACUGGACCGCGAAACUGUUACUGAGUAUACCCUGACCAUCACCGUGCACGAUUCAGGUGACCCGAUGUUGAAUGCUGCACAAACGGCCACCGUGUCUAUUACAGUCUUGGACGAGAACGACAACGUCCCCGUGUUCGACCAAGAGGUGUAUUCUGUAAGUAUUCCCGAGAAUAUUACUGUGGGUGCCCAUAUCCUCCUCUUAAACGCAAAGGACAAAGAUGAAGGUGUCAACGCCGAGAUACGAUACUUUCUCAAGGACGUCAUUGCAAGCAAAAGAUUCAGUAUGAAUGACACAACAGGACAAAUCACAAUCAAACAAGCCGUUGAUUACGAGGAAAGGUCCUCUUAUAGUUUCGAGGUAUUUGCUUCUGAUGGUGGUGAGGCAAGGUUGACUGGGUCAUCGUCAGUAAGGAUAACCAUAAUCGACGUCAACGAUAACCGGCCUUACUUCCUGCCUACACGAUACUAUGUUCAGUUGGUUGAGAACGUUGCCAUAGGAACCACAGUAACCCAGGUGACCGCUAGUGAUUUGGACAGUAGCCUAAAUGGGAAGGUUCUAUUCUCCAUUCUCGAGGGUAACAGCGACGGCAAGUUUGUCGUUGAUCAAAACACAGGUGUGGUUACUACCAACAAAAGCCUGGAUUACGAAGACGUAACAGAAUACACCCUUGUCAUUCAAGCAACAGACUGCGGGGAUCCGCCAUUAAACUCUAGCCAGCCUGGCAUGCUACACGUGUCAGUCGUCAACAUGAAUGACAACAGUCCAGUGUUUUCACAGAAAAUGUACUCGGCAAGCAUUGAUGAGAAUACCACGGUUGGACAUGUAAUCUUACGAGUACAAGCUACAGACCGGGAUCAUGUUAACAGCAGCAGUAUCGUGAUCUACUCUCUGGACCAAUCCGACACGGAAGCCAUGCGCUACUUUACUAUCAACAAUCGGACCGGUGAACUGAUUCUUGUGUCUAGUCUUGAUUACGAGUCGACUAAACGAUACGAGUUCACCGUUUUUGCCGGCGAUAACACAGCGCAAUUCCGUAAGAGGCGUGAUAUCGGAGAUCAGGCUAGAGUUGCAGCCGUUCUUAUCGACAUCUCAAUACUUGAUAUCAAUGACAACCGACCUAAAUUUCUCCAGUCCUACAACAAAAUAGAGAUUACCGAGGGAACAAGGGAAAGUACCAUGAUACUAACGCUGCAAGCAACCGAUGCCGACUCCGGUAUGAAUGCAAAGCUUGUUUACUCGAUCCUCAAUACCACAAGUAAUGGAACAUUCACAGUUGAUCCGCACACUGGAGUUCUACGCACAUCACAAAGACUGGACCGCGAAACUGUUACUGAAUAUACCCUGACCAUUACCGUGCACGAUUCAGGUGACCCGAUGUUGAAUGCUGCACAACUGGCCACCGUGUCUAUUACAGUUUUGGACGAGAACGACAACGUCCCCGUGUUCGACCAAGAGGUGUAUUCUGUAAGUAUUCCCGAGAAUAUUACUGUGGGUGCCCAUAUCCUCCUCUUAAACGCAAAGGACAAAGAUGAAGGUGUCAACGCCGAGAUACGAUACUUUCUCAAGGACCUCAUUGCAAGCAAAAGAUUCAGUAUGAAUGACACAACAGGACAAAUCACAAUCAAACAAGCCGUUGAUUACGAGGAAAGGUCCUCUUAUAGUUUCGAGGUAUUUGCUUCUGAUGGUGGUGAGACGAGGUUGACUGGGUCAUCGUCAGUAAGGAUAACCAUAAUCGACGUCAACGAUAACCGGCCUUACUUCCUGCCUACACGAUACUAUGUCCAGUUGGUUGAGAACGUUGCCAUAGGAACCACAGUAACCCAGGUGACGGCUAGUGACUUGGACAGUAGCCUAAAUGGGAACGUUCUAUUUUCCAUUCUCGAGGGUAACAGCGACGGCAAGUUUGUCAUUGAUCAAAACACAGGUGUGGUUACUACCAACAAAAGCCUGGAUUACGAAGACGUAACAAAAUACACCCUUGUCAUUCAAGCAACAGACUGCGGGGAUCCGCCAUUAAACUCUAGCCAGCCUGGCAUGCUACACGUGUCAGUCGUCAACAUAAAUGACAACAGUCCAGUGUUUUCACAGAAGAUUUACUCGGCAAGCAUUGAUGAGAAUACCACGGUUGGACAUGUAAUCUUACGAGUACAAGCUACAGACCGGGAUCAUGUUAACCGUAGCAGUAUCGUGAUCUACUCUCUGGACCAAUCCGACACGGAAGCCAUGCGCUACUUUGCUAUUAACAAUCAGACCGGUGAACUGAUUCUUGUGUCUAGUCUUGAUUACGAGUCGACUAAACGAUACGAGUUUACCGUGUUUGCCGGCGAUAACAUAGCGCAAUUCCGUAAGAGGCGUGAUAUUAGAGAUCAGGCUAGAGUUGCAGCCGUUCUUAUCGACAUCUCAAUACUUGAUAUCAAUGACAACCGACCUAAAUUUCUCCAGCCCUACCACAAAAUAGAGAUUACCGAGGGAACAAGGGAAAGUACCACGAUAUUAACGCUGCAAGCAACUGAUGCCGACUCCGGUGUGAAUGCAAAGCUUGUUUACUCGAUCCUCAAUACCACAAGUAAUGGAACAUUCACAGUUGAUCCACACACUGGAGUUCUACGCACAUCACAAAGACUGGACCGCGAAACUGUUAAUGAGUAUACCCUGACCAUCACCGUGCACGAUUCAGGUGACCCGAUGUUGAAUGCUGCACAAACAUCCACCGUGUCUAUUACAGUCUUGGACGAGAACGACAACGUCCCCGUGUUCGACCAAGAGGUGUAUUCUGUAAGUAUUCCCGAGAAUAUUACUGUGGGUGCCCAUAUCCUCCUCUUAAACGCAAAGGACAAAGAUGAAGGUGUCAACGCCGAGAUACGAUACUUUCUCAAGGACGUCAUUGCAAGCAAAAGAUUCAGUAUGAAUGACACAACAGGACAAAUCACAAUCAAACAAGCCGUUGAUUACGAGGAAAGGUCCUCUUAUAGUUUCGAGGUAUUUGCUUCUGAUGGUGGUGAGGCAAGGUUGACUGGGUCAUCGUCAGUAAGGAUAACCAUAAUCGACGUCAACGAUAACCGGCCUUACUUCCUGCCUACACGAUACUAUGUCCAGUUGGUUGAGAACGUUGCCAUAGGAACCACAGUAACCCAGGUGACCGCUAGUGAUUUGGACAGUAGCCUAAAUGGGAAGGUUCUAUUUUCCAUUCUCGAGGGUAACAGCGACGGCAAGUUUCUCAUUGAUCAAAACACAGGUGUGGUUACUACCAACAAAAGCCUGGAUUACGAAGACGUAACAAAAUACACCCUUGUCAUUCAAGCAACAGACUGCGGGGAUCCGCCAUUAAACUCUAGCCAGCCUGGCAUGCUACACGUGUCAGUCGUCAACAUAAAUGACAACAGUCCAGUGUUUUUACAGAAAAUGUACUCGGCAAGCAUUGAUGAGAAUACCACGGUUGGACAUGUAAUCUUACGAGUACAAGCUACAGACCGGGAUCAUGUCAACAGUAGCAGUAUCGUGAUCUACUCUCUGGACCAAUCCGACACGGAAGCCAUGCGCUACUUUACUAUCAACAAUCAGACCGGUGAACUGAUUCUUGUGUCUAGUCUUGAUUACGAGUCGACUAAACGAUACGAGUUUACCGUGUUUGCCGGCGAUAACAUAGCGCAAUUCCGUAAGAGGCGUGAUAUUAGAGAUCAGGCUAGAGUUGCAGCCGUUCUUAUCGACAUCUCAAUACUUGAUAUCAAUGACAACCGACCUAAAUUUCUCCAGCCCUACCACAAAAUAGAGAUUACCGAGGGAACAAGACAAAGUACCACGAUAUUAACGCUGCAAGCAACUGAUGCCGACUCCGCUAUGAAUGCAAAGCUUGUUUACUCGAUCCUCAAUACCACAAGUAAUGGAACAUUCACAGUUGAUCCACACACUGGAGUUCUACGCACAUCACAAAGACUGGACCGCGAAACUGUUACUGAGUAUACCCUGACCAUCACCGUGCAUGAUUUAGGUGACCCGAUGUUAAAUGAUGCACAACCAGCAACCGUGUCUAUUACAGUCUUGGACGAGAACGACAACGUCCCCGUGUUCGACCAAGAGGUGUAUUCUGUAAGUGUUCCCGAGAAUAUUACUGUGGGUGGCCAUAUCCUCCUCUUAAACGCAAGAGACAAAGAUGAAGGUGUCAAUGCCGAGAUACGAUACUUUCUCAAGGAUGCCAUUGUAAGCAAAAGAUUCAGUAUAAAUGACACAACAGGACAAAUCACAAUCAAACAAGCCGUUGAUUACGAGGAAAGGUCCUCUUAUAGUUUCGAGGUAUUUGCUUCUGAUGGUGGUGAGGCAAGGUUGACUGGGUCAUCGUCAGUAAGGAUAACCAUAAUCGACGUCAACGAUAACCGGCCUUACUUCCUGCCUACACGAUACUAUGUCCAGUUGGUUGAGAACGUUGCCAUAGGAACCACAGUAACCCAGGUGAUCGCUAGUGAUUUGGACAGUAACCUAAAUGGGAAGGUUCUAUUCUCCAUUCUCGGGGGUAACAGCGGCGGCAAGUUUGUCAUUGAUCAAAACACAGGUGUGGUUACUACCAACAAAAGCCUGGAUUACGAAGACGUAACAGAAUACACCCUUGUCAUUCAAGCAACAGACUGCGGGGAUCCGCCAUUAAACUCUAGCCAGCCUGGCAUGCUACACGUGUCAGUCGUCAACAUAAAUGACAACAGUCCAGUGUUUUCACAGAAAAUGUACUCGGUAAGCAUUGAUGAGAAUACCACGGUUGGACAUGUAAUCUUACGAGUACAAGCUACAGACCGGGAUCAUGUUAACAGUAUCAGUAUCGUGAUCUACUCUCUGGACCAAUCCGACACGGAAGCCAUGCGCUACUUUACUAUCAACAAUCGGACCGGUGAACUGAUUCUUGUGUCUAGUCUUGAUUACGAGUCGACUAAACGAUACGAGUUCACCGUUUUUGCCGGCGAUAACACAGCGCAAUUCCGUAAGAGGCGUGAUAUCGGAGAUCAGGCUAGAGUUGCAGCCGUUCUUAUCGACAUCUCAAUACUUGAUAUCAAUGACAACCGACCUAAAUUUCUCCAGUCCUACAACAAAAUAGAGAUUACCGAGGGAACAAGGGAAAGUACCAUGAUACUAACGCUGCAAGCAACCGAUGCCGACUCCGGUAUGAAUGCAAAGCUUGUUUACUCGAUCCUCAAUACCACAAGUAAUGGAACAUUCACAGUUGAUCCACACACUGGAGUUCUACGCACUUCACAAAGACUGGACCGCGAAACUGUUACUGAGUAUACCCUGACCAUCACCGUGCAUGAUUCAGGUGACCCGAUGUUAAAUGAUGCACAACCGGCAACCGUGUCUAUUACAGUCUUGGACGAGAACGACAACGUCCCCGUGUUCGACCAAGAGGUGUAUUCUGUAAGUGUUCCCGAGAAUAUUACUGUGGGUGGCCAUAUCCUCCUCUUAAACGCAAGAGACAAAGAUGAAGGUGUCAAUGCCGAGAUACGAUACUUUCUUAAGGACGUCAUUGCAAGCAAAAGAUUCAGUAUGAGUGACACAACAGGACAAAUCACAAUCAAACAAGCCGUUGAUUACGAGGAAAGGUCCUCUUAUAGUUUCGAGGUAUUUGCUUCUGAUGGUGGUGAGGCACGGUUGACUGGGUCAUCGUCAGUGAGGAUAACCAUAAUCGACGUCAACGAUAACCGGCCUUACUUCCUGCCUACACGAUACUAUGUCCAGUUGGUUGAGAACGUUGCCAUAGGAACCACAGUAACCCAGGUGACCGCUAGUGAUUUAGACAGUAGCCUAAAUGGGAAGGUUCUAUUUUCCAUUCUCGAAGGUAACAGCGACGGCAAGUUUGUCAUUGAUCAAAACACAGGUGUGGUUACUACCAACAAAAGCCUGGAUUACGAAGACGUAACAAAAUACACCCUUGUCAUUCAAGCAACAGACUGCGGGGAUCCGCCAUUAAACUCUAGCCAGCCUGGCAUGCUACACGUGUCAGUCGUCAACAUAAAUGACAACAGUCCAGUGUUUUCACAGAAAAUGUACUCGGUAAGCAUUGAUGAGAAUACCACGGUUGGACAUGUAAUCUUACGAGUACAAGCUACAGACCAAGAUCAUGUUAACAGUAGCAGUAUCGUGAUCUACUCUCUGGACCAAUCCGACACGGAGGCCAUGCGCUACUUUGCUAUCAACAAUCAGACCGGUGAACUGAUUAUUGCGUCUAGUCUUGAUUACGAGUCGACUAAACGAUACGAGUUUACCGUGUUUGCCGGCGAUAACAUAGCUAAGUUGCUUAAAAGGCGUAAUAUUGGAGAUCAGGAUAGAGUUGCAGCUGUUCUUAUCGACAUUUCAAUACUUGAUAUCAAUGACAACCGACCUAAAUUUCUCCGGCCCUACAACAAAAUAGAGAUUACCGAGGGAACAAGAGAAAGUACCAUGAUACUAACGCUGCAAGCAACUGAUGCCGACUCCGGUGUGAAUGCAAAGCUUGUUUACUCGAUCCUCAAUACCACAAGUAAUGGAACAUUCACAGUUGAUCCAUACACUGGAGUUCUACGCACAUCACAAAGACUGGACCGCGAAACUGUUACUGAGUAUACCCUGACCAUCACCGUGCAUGAUUCAGGUGACCCGAUGUUGAAUGCUGCACAACCGGCAACCGUGUCUAUUACAGUCCUUGACGAGAACGACAACGUCCCCGUGUUCGACCAAGAGGUGUAUUCUGUAAGUAUUCCCGAGAAUAUUACUGUGGGUGCCCAUAUCCUCCUCUUAAACGCAAGAGACAAAGAUGAAGGUGUCAAUGCCGAGAUACGAUACUUUCUCAAGGAUGCCAUUGUAAGCAAAAGAUUCAGUAUGAAUGACACAACAGGACAAAUCACAAUCAAACAAGCCGUUGAUUACGAAGAUAGGUCCUCUUAUAGUUUCGAGGUAUUUGCUUCUGAUGGUGGUGAGGCAAGGUUGACUGGGUCAUCGUCAGUGAGGAUAACCAUAAUCGACGUCAACGAUAACCGGCCUUACUUCCUGCCUACACGAUACUAUGUCCAGUUGGUUGAGAACGUUGCCAUAGGAACCACAGUAACCCAGUUGACCGCUAGUGAUUUGGACAGUAGUCUAAAUGGGAAGGUUCUAUUCUCCAUUCUCGAGGGUAACAGCGACGGUAAGUUUGCCAUUGAUCAAAACACAGGUGUGGUUACUACCAACAAAAGCCUGGAUUACGAAGACGUAACAGAAUACACCCUUGUCAUUCAAGCAACAGACUGCGGGGAUCCGCCAUUAAACUCUAGCCAGCCUGGCAUGCUACACGUGUCAGUCGUCAACAUAAAUGACAAUAGUCCAGUGUUUUCACAGAAGAUUUACUCGGCAAGCAUUGAUGAGAAUACCACAGUUGGACAUGUAAUCUUACGAGUACAAGCUACAGACCGGGAUCAUGUUAACAGCAGCAGUAUCGUGAUCUACUCUCUGGACCAAUCCGACACGGAAGCCAUGCGCUACUUUACUAUCAACAAUCAGACCGGUGAACUGAUUCUUGUGUCUAGUCUUGAUUACGAGUCGACUAAACGAUACCAGUUUACGGUGUUUGCAUUGGAUAACGCGAUGCGUAGUCGUAGUAGACGUGAUUUGUCUAAUUUGGGAUCAUGCGAGAUAGAGAUUUCUCUAGGAAAUAUAAACGACAAUCGCCCAUACUUCUCGCCAGUGGAGUACAAUAUAGAAGUCGCAGAAAAUGUCUCCCCUGGAACGUCAUUAUUGUUGUUACAUGCGAGGGACUUAGACGAUGUCAAUCCUGAUAAUCCAGACGUGAUAUUUACCAUGAUUGAACAGCAGCCGUCACUGAGCAUGGAACAAUCGAUAUUUGCUAUUCAACGGGACGGAACUCUUUCUUUGAAUAGAACAUUGAACUUCGAGGAGAGGUCUUCUUAUAAUGUCACCAUUGCUGUUGCUGACAAUGGAGUGCCGCCGCUGAGAUGUUUGGUUCCAGCGGUUGUUCGUGUGAUGGUCGUGGAUUAUAAUGAUGGAGUCCCCUUCCUAACCUCUCCUACUGGUGUCAUUCUAAUAGAUUGGGCGUCUUCGCCUGGUACCAUAGCAACUGUCAUUCAAGCUUCUGAUCACGAUAGCGGCAGCGCAGGCUUCAUUUCCUAUUUCAUCUCAAACAUUACCGGGCUACCCACACUCACGACGAUUUCCGACUUCGCACGAUGUGUCAAUCAGACUUAUGGAGUGUUCGAUAUUCAUGAGCAUACGGGAACUUUACGCGUGUCAGGGAUCUUGGCAUCCAGCUGCCUUUAUAAUGUCACUGUGACCGCAAGGGACCAUGGCGUUCCGCCUUUGUUAAGUAGUGUGAUAUUACAAAUUCAGACAUCGACACGGCCACCGCCCACCGUGCAAAGCCCCUUGAUGAUAGUAGAAGAAGAUAUCGUCACGGUUGUCGUAGUAGUUUGCUUUUUCCUAGUGCUCUUGGCGCUUCUUUUGUGUUUGUUUGUCUGGAGAGAAUCGAGAAAGCACAACAAAAAAAGAAAGCGUUUAAUCUUGGAUGGCAUGAAGGGUAAGGUUGCAGCCGACGGCAUCCCGUGUGCUGAAAGCGGCAGCUCAGUUAUCUCAGAAGGGGAGCCCGUACUUGUUGGUUGGUAUGCGCGCGCAUGGGCUCAAAACUACUCCUCAUCCUCCAGCCCGUGGGCACCCUCGAGCCCAGCCUCCGUGCGGAGCGGGACAUACUCGAGUUCACUUGCCACAGACAUCCUAGACACGUACUCACAAAAGAUCGAGGAUCCCGCGGGUUAUUACACCAUUACUGGCCCUGAGACUCAAACCUUUGACGUGGCUAUCGAGUUCGGUGAGGAGUCUGAUGCGUCAUUUCCUGAUACUCCAGUACUGAUUGAGGAACCAUUAUCAGAAGUCAGCUCCUUCAAUAAUUUUUACUUCCGGCGUGGUCUGACUGGCCCCCGAAGACAGAACCGGAUGUAUAUCCCAGACCUCCACGCGCUGGAUUUGUAUAACUCUUUCGAUAACGUCACACUGUCCGGGAAUGAGUCUUAUAUCACAGUAAAUAGAUUUGAACCGAGAACUCACAAGAGUGAGUCAUCGUCUAGCGAGAUGGAUAUGACUUAUGAUGCCUAUAGAUACGAUGAAACUACGUUAUGAGAGACAGAGUUAGAUGCUUGUAGGUACGAUGAAACCACGCUAUAAGAGACAAAGAGUUAGAUGCUUGUAGGUACGAUGAAAUCAUGCUAUAAUGGUGACAAAGAGCUAGAUGCUUAUACGUACGAUGAAAUCACGCUAUAAAAGAGACAAAGAGUUAGAUGCUUAUACGUACGAUGAAACCACGCUAUAAGAGACAAAGAGUUAGAUGCUUAUACGUACGAUGAAACCACGCUAUGAGAGACAAAGAGUUAGAUGCUUGUAGGUACGAUGAAACCACGCUAUAAGAGAGGCUGGAGUAUGAUGCUUAUAGGUACGAUAAAACCACGCUAUAAGAGAGACAAAGAGUUAUAUGCUUGUAGGUACGAUAAAACCACGCUAUAAGAGACUUCGAGUUAGAUAAAUCUACGCUGACGUAAGAUCCCUCUAGUAAUCGGAUGCGAGCACGCUAUGGGUAACAAGUAAAAAUUAGGGCCAGAAAACAACUUAAUGAGACAACGCGUUAAGAAACAAGUGACUUAUAGUGAGCAAGUUUUAUUUAUCAACAAAACAUGACAAACCGAAAAGCGGCUAACAGGGAGUCAUUAGUACUCAAAGUACACGGAUAAGGAAUUACUCUGACCAUAUGAAGAUAAUCUAGGAAUAGAGAAGUACAAAAUAAGAGCCAAAAGGGCAGUGUAUUGGCCACGAUUGAACGAAGCAAUUUAAUAACCAGGUUCGCUGCUAAGAACCCGGAAUUUCUUUACCGCAAACUUUCCUUCAAUGUCUAUUAGGAAACAUUUACAUUGGUAAAUUAUUUUCUGCCUUUAAGAUAUGACACGGCACAGAAAUAAUUCUUUGGAACUAUUCGUAGUAAUAAAUACUUUUAUUAUAGUAGAAUUGAGUGGGUUGUAUUAUAUUAGUUUUAAAUUUAAAAAUUAUAUUCUUAUACUAUUG